CGCAGAUUGCCCAGAUCGCCCGGAGGACAGAGAGCUGGCGACGGAGGCGGUCCUUUUGCUCGAGCAGAUUGCUGUUGGAGCCAGCCAUGAAAUCGGCGAGACGCUGUCCAAGAUGGACAUGCGGAUCCCGCAACAGGGAAUGGAACAGUGCCUGGUACACACUACGAGGCUUGUUUCGAUCGAAAUCCCACAGCGUCUGGGGCAGCCCCUCGACAAGUUUCUCGAGCUCGUCAUCAUCAGAGAGAGACCGGACGGUCCACGUGAGAGCCCGUCUUUCUGUGUCAACGGUGGGGCGCAGUGCCGCCGAUUUCAGUGCAACAAUCAUGCUCUGGGACUGCGGA